GUUACGCAACGCUCUCCAGUCUGUUUGCAUGUGUUGGUGAAAAAUACUUUUAAUACAUUUCGUGUAGUUUAAUUCUCAUCGUAUAAUGGACGAGUUUGGGAGUUUAGAAUUCAGGUGGAUACAGGGUUUCGCAAACAAAAACACAGAGUUUGUUGAUAAUAAAACAAUAUGCUACGCAUGUGGGAAUCAUAUAUGUUUCCUAAACUUGGAGACAAGGACACAAAGCGUGUUUCCGAGUCGCUGUAGAGGCAUUGGUGCAUUGACGGCCAGAGGAAACAGUGGGAUUUUUGCUUUCUCCGAGGAAAAGCUAUCCCCGUCGAUAUUUGUGUACUCUUUCCCUAACCUUCAGUUGAAGAACGAACUGAAGGGAGCAGCACAGCUAGACUACACAUCUCUGGCAUUAAGUGAUAGUGGUCCAUAUUUGGGCUCCUGCUCCUCUCUUCCUGACCACAUCAUCACUGUGUGGAACUGGGAAAAUGCCGAGCCACUUUGUACUCAACCACAAGCAGGACAGGAUGUUAUUUCCUUGGCGUUCAAUCCUAUGAAUUGGCUUCAGCUUUGUGCUUUGGGCACUACAUCCCUCACUGUGUGGAAUAUUGAGAGGAGUGACAGCCUUCAUAUCCUGCAACCAAGUAAAAUAGAGCUUCCAGCUGCUGGUGGUCUCUUUGCUGAAAGCCUGGCACCAUCCUCUCAAACUGUCAGCAGCAAACUGCAGGCACAGAGCAUUAUGGUCAAACCCAGCACCAGAGGCAGGUUGACUCCUUCUGCGAGCUGCUGGACAGCCACUUCAGAGCUCUAUGUGGGCUGUGCCGAAGGAUUCCUGCUUCUUGCUGACCCAGAGAGCCGCUCUGUCUCAGUCCUUUUCAACCCUACAACUGCUGAUGCUAUCCCUGAACUCAGAAGGAACAGCUUUCAAGGUUUAGCUCUUGAUAAGAAUGGUUUGAUUGCUGUAGGAAAGGAGAACGUGGCGCACUGCCUGCAGAUCAAAGGGACUCAGAUAAACAUCACACAAACAUGGCAGUUAGAAAGACCUGUCACAACUGUGACGCACUCCCCUGACUAUAAAACAUUACUUUUGUCUUCCAAUACAGGGCAGAUAUAUGUGUUGAACCCACCCCAGUCAGACAAGAUUGUGAAGGUCUUGGAUGUUCUCAGCGGCAACUUUGUGACAGCAGCUCUGUUGCAUGAUGACAAGAACAUUUGCGUGUCCUUGAGGGAAUCUGGAGAGCUGCAGUUGUGGUCCUCAGGUGGCAUCUGCCUCAGUUCCCUGUCACUCAAAACAGAGGUGACAUGUUUGGCCUGCUGUCCUAUUGCACACUAUGCAGCUGUUGGAACAGCUACAGGAAAAGUCCUCUUUAUUGACCUGAACCAGGAGCACAGACCUCGCCUGGUGCAUCAGGUUUACCUUUACCACAGUGCUGUGGAUCACUUAGUUUUCGAUCACGAUGGGCAUUACCUUUUCACCAGUGGCUCAGAUUCACAUGUCUAUAUUCUAGAUGCAAAGCCAUCGAGGAUGUUUUCAGUCAUAGGGUGCACAGUUUUUCCUGGACGCAUUUUGUCCCUUUCCACUCAGUGCAUCAGGGACCGCAACGAGGUGAAAGUUCUUGCACUGUGCUCUGGUGAAGAGGAUGGAAAGCAGGAUGGGAGCCUGCUCACAGUGCUGUCUCUACCUGCCCAGAACCUUGAAGGUCCAGGUAGUGUAGACCGACCUGGUUGUCUGUCUUCUCACGUCCUCAGAGUGUUCAGAUUCAGGGUGCCUCGUCCACUUAAAAGCUGUGCUCUGGGAGUAGGCGAGGUCUUUGCUUACUGCCACAGGAAUAAAACCCUUCAGCGAUUUGUACUUCCCGAGGACACAGGGAAUUUUUCCAAUCAACAGGCGGUUGAGCUGAAACCAGAACAGGAAGUAAGGGGUCAUCCGCUGGGCCCUGCCUCUCUCGUUCUCUCUCCUCACCGCUUAUGGUUGGCUUCUGUGGGCCGAGAUGGCUUACUACGGAUUAGAGAAACUGCUUCCAUGGAGCGAUACAUCGAGCUGCAGUGUCACUCGUGCGACCUUGAUGGAGUCCGGAGCGUGUCCUUUUCUACAGACAGCUGCACACUCCUUACUGUAGGCCUCAAAGACGGCUCUCUUGUAUGCACUAACAUCAGAGUUAAAGGUGGGGAUGUCAGUAAGAUGAAUGAAGCUACUCAGUACAGCAAGUCUGUGGCUCAUUUCUUGAAGAAUAUAUUUGAUACUGAAAACCCCGUCCUGAUUAACUUUCCUGUGCGGGGUCGACUGUCUCCAGCUGGCACGGAAUAUCCAGGUGAAAGCAAGGUCAGUGGUGGACCAUCUGUGGAUGUGGCAGGGCAAAAUGAGAGCGACAGCAGCCUCCUGUGUGCUCCACCUUCACAGACCACCUGGCUGGAAAGCAGGCGAGAGGCGCUUAUGAAAGAAGAAAAUGAGCAAUUCUCUGAGAUAAAGAAGAACCUGAGGGAAACCAUCAAAGAGUUACGCGACAGUAUCCUGGAGAUGAUGGGUGACAGUGAGAACCAGCCUGAACAACACUUUAACCUGGAUGUUGAGGAGCAGCGGAGACUCGAGGCCAUGGUGGAGCAGGAGGUCACAAGGGUGAGGACUGAAAUUGAAUGGGACAUUGUAGAAAAAUGUUAUCUCCGCGAUAUCAUAAAGAGAGAACGCUGGGAUACUAUGAAGGUCAUAGGCAGGACCGUUAAGGCCUUUCACUCUGACCUUGAAGUGCUGAACUACCCUCUGAGAGAGCGAACAGAAGCAGAGCUGGAGAACCUUUGCAGGGUUCAAAAUAUGAGGAAGUUAGAAAAAGCUGCCUGCAGCCUGAGCAGCCUAAAGAAAGGUCCCAAUGCACAAGAAGAAGAGCUGGAGGGGAAAGCCCAGGAGGCAGAGAGUGCCACUCUGACGGGGAGUAUCUCCACUCAGUUAGGAUAUUCAAAUCCUUAUGUCUACGAUCAGCUCAGCCUGCAAACCGUAGAGCAGAGGAUCAACCAGAUCAUUUUGCUACAGGAUGUGAUUUAUCGCAUCAAGACGGCUUUCAACGCCGACUUUGAGGCAUUACACAGGCAGAAGGUGCAAGAGCUGAAACAUGUGAGGGACAGGAACAAACACAUCAGAGAAAUUGUGCUGCAGCUGGAGUUGCACGAGGAGAUGUGGGAACCCAGCCUGACUGUCAGCGAGUGGCCAGAGAGGCUGCUCGCAGUGGAAGACUCUGAGAUAAAAGCUGAAAGGUACCUCACAGCAGAGCAGAGAGAGGAGGAGGAGAGGAGAAAGCUGGAAGAGGAGCGUCGUUUGGCUGCCCAAGCUGAUGAUUCUAGAGAAAGGGCUCUUGGUGACAUGAUGGAUGGAGUACUUGAAGUAAAAAAAGAGGACAUCUUGAAAAUGGAAAUACCUCCGCCUGAGUUUGUUUUGACCAAACCUGACAUUCAGUGGAGUGAGGAAGAGAAAAAGGUCUUCAGAGAGUAUGAAAAGAAAGCCAAGGAGCUCAGCGAGGAGAAGGAGAAGCACAAAAAGCUGCUGGAAACUGAAAUAAAAAAACUCCACCGAUCGAACAAGGAAGCGACCGAAAGGUUUGAUGAAAACCUGGCAAAACUGUUGGAGAAGAAAAUGAACUGUACAGUAGCAAUAUACCAGGAAGAGCUCAAGAUCACAUGUCUUGUUGAUUCAGUCCUCAGAGAAGAAGAGAUCAGAAGUCAGGAGCAGGAGCUCAAGCUCAAACUUGAAAUAAUGUUGGCAUCUAAGAACAAAACUGGCGAGAAGUUGAAGAAUCAUGAAGAAGAAGUAGAGAUGUUUCAGGAGGCCUAUGACAGAAUUGUUCUUGAGGACAAAUUGUUGGACAAAGAAUUCAGAAAGGAGUUUGUUGAUGUACCAGGCCAUCUGGUUGAUCAGCUCUAUAAGCUGUUCAAACGCAGACCCAGGGCUCAGAAGAUGAGGACCCAGACGGACAACAACUCCAACACGUUAAAAGAGCAUGGUCUGUGUGGUUCUCUGGGCCCCGAUGUACUCAGCACACUGCUCAGGGCCAUGGAGGCGCUGGAUGCUCCAGAGAACAUGCCAGAGGGCUUGAACCCAGCAGCCUGGGACAGAUUAUGUCUUGUCCGCAGAACAAAAGUAGAGAGUGAGCAGAAGGUAAAAGCAAAAGCUUUGACUCUUGCUGAGAUGCGGGCAUUCCUGCAGAAUAGGAGAGAUGAGGAUAAGGCUGCUCAAGAGGAAAUUGAAAAUCUUCGUGAAGCACUUGAACGUCUGCACAGGGAGAGGAAUCAUCUCCUGGUGGACACCACAGUCCAAGUCAUACUCAAACAGGGACAGGUGGUGUCUACCACAGAUCCAGCUGCUAACAAUGCAGACACCGUCUUAAUUCUUUAUCACAGGAGCGUUGUGGACAACCUGAGAAGUAGCAUCAGGACACUUGCAGAGCAGAAAAUAGCUUCGAUGGAGGCAUGCAAAGAGGUGCGUAAGGGCAUAAUCCAGCAGGAGUGGGAGCUCAAGGUGAUGAGGAAGGAGAUAGAAGACCUCAAUGACAAGGCGAGAAGCAUCAAGAUGUCACGACUCUCAGAGGAGCAGCAGCAAAUGACAUAUCGCAGCAAGUCGGAUCAAGCCAGUCACACAGCCAAGCAGAUUUCCAGUUUGGAGAAAAGUAUAGCUUUGAUGCAAACGACUCAUGAGAAGAACGUGCAACAACGCUUAAAAAAGAUUGAACGGAUAAAUAAGCGAGCAGCAGCAAAAGCUGAAAAGAGUGCCAUUUUAGAACAGGAGAUUCCUGGCACGCACGUCACAGUUUCGGAGUUGAGACACAUCUUCGAAGCAACAACUUCGGAGGAAAAUGAGGCAGCCAGAAGAGAAGAGCGCUACAGAGAAAUUGUUCAGAGGAGCAGGUUGGAGGAACUGGCCAGAGCUCAGGCAGAGGAGCUGGCUUUCCUCACGGCAGAAGUCGAGCGUCUCACAAUGAAGAACUUUCCUUCACUUGACAUGCUUAAACACUACUGAGCAAAGCUUUCUCCUUAACUUAAAACAGUUUUAUUU